CGACAUGAAAUAAUUUUAAGAUUUUCUAAUAAGUCAAAGAUUACAUUUUUUAUGGGAAUCAUCAUUCAAAAUUUUUAUUAGCUCCACAUUUAUUUUCAUGGAAGAAAAACCUAGCUUUGAAAUAAUCCAUAUUGAAGAUGAUAAUCCCAGAGCAAAAACAUUUAUUCUACAUAAAGAGGAUCACACUUUAGGAAAUGCUUUAUGUAGAAUUAUAACCAAGAUGCCUGAUGUUGAAUUCUGUGGGUAUACCAUUCCUCAUCCAUCUGAACAUAAAAUUAAUAUAAGGAUACAAACAUAUAAAAAACCUGCUAUUGAAAUUCUCCAAUCAGGGCUUCGAGAACUCAGCGAAGUUUGUAAACACGUGUUGACCACUUUCGAAGCCUCAUUUACGGUAAACGCGUUAGGCUCAAGCGGAGGGCGCGUUAUCUGCGGAAUAAAUGGAAGCGUUAUGAUGUUGGCGCUACGGAUUCGAUGAAAGAAUACGAAAAAGAAAAAGGGGGAUUGACAAUAGAAUGAGAAUCAAUGAUCGAAGUCACAUAUAAUACAAGAAUAUAUGAUAUGAAGUUGAUAAAUUAAUAUUAUGGAAAUAAAGCUUGUAAUUCAU